AUGGAGAGGUCGAAACCGAAACCAGCGUCCGGCCAAUCAUGCACCUAUGGCCAAGCUUGCACACAUUGCUACAAGGCCAAGUGCCGCUGCGUGCGUGCCCCAAAUGGUGAUACUUGUGAAAGGUGCCUUCGUCUCAAGAAAAGGUGUGAGCCGUCCGAGUCGGUUCGCCGGCGAAAUGCUCAAAAUGCCCAGACAGCCAAGGUGUCUGAUAGGCGGAUUGCCCGGCUGGAGGACAAGAUGGAGAGCUUGUUGUCUGCCAUGAACGCAGUCAUUGGUUCCACGGCGACUUCGGGGUCUGCUGUCAGCGUCUUUCAGUCUCUGCACGGGAACGGCAUUUCGUUAUCCACGUCUUCUUCGAAUGCCGCUCGAGUGACUCCUGCAAGCACUACUUCGAGCUUGGCGACAGACGCGCUGCAGUAUUCCCUAUCGACUCCCGCGCCAUCGCCAAACCAAGCAGACGAAAGGCUCAAUUUCUUCCGGUCCCGAAUGCUGCCGUCCUUUCCUUUCAUCGAUCUGACUCCAGAUAUUACAAGCUGCUCUCUGCGUCAACACCGGCCCGUCUUGCUCCAAGCCAUCCACACCGUGACUACAUUCUCGACCCAGGAAAGACUGGCUCAGGUGGAGGAGCUGAAGCAUCUCUUGUUCACAUCGGCUUUGCUACAAGUCCAGUCCAAUAUCGACCUGCUGCUUGGAUUGCUAACUUACCUGGCAUGGAGUACUGACCCCUUUCUUGGCCGAGCUGACCUCGUCUCGCGCCUCAUGAUGCUCGCGAUUUCGCUCAUCUAUGAUCUGCGAAUGUUCAAACUAUCCUCGCCAGACGUGGAACUGAUGAUGACUAUUACCCAGGGACGGGCGGACGACAACACUCAAAGCCACAACAACGAAACACACCAUGACUUAUUGGAAAGACAGCGGGCAGUAUUGGCGUGUUUCGUUUUGAGCUCCAACAUUGCGUCCCACCUUGGGCGCCAAGACGCUCUGCGAUGGACCCCACAGAUGGAAGAGGCGCUUCGAGUCCUCGCCAUAAGCGAAGCAUGCCCUGCAGAUCGGCUAUUCGUCUCUCAGGUCCGCUUGCAGUUGAUAAAGCAAAGAGCAGAUGACGUCCGACAGCAGGACGAGGCUCGCACAGGAACAGCCCCAGCGAUGGUUUCAGCUCCUCGUUUAUUGUAUCUAAAGUCUUUACGAAGGGAGCUACACGAGCUUAUCUCUUCGUUUUCUCCGGAUCUCUCCCAGCUCGACCUCCUCAAUGCACACGCCCAAUACGUCGAAUUAUACAUCAACCAGCUCGCCUAUUCCGUCAGCCAAAACUCGCUUCCGCUCAAUCUGACCGGACAGCUGGGAUUCGAACGCCUGCAAUGUCUGUGGCAGUCGGUUGAGAACAUCAAGUCGUGGCUGGGCCAUUUCUACCAGAUCCCUUGCUCGGACCUGGUCGGCCAGCCUUUUCAUUUUUGGUCCCAGAUGAUUCUGACCGUCACCCUGCUGAAGUACCUAUCAACACUCCAUGACCCCGAAUGGGAUUGCCAGGCGGUGCGGGGGACAGUUCACCUAAUCACGACGAUGGACUCGAUGGUUCAAAAGCUCGAUCUGAGCAGCAAAGUGCCGGAGUAUCAGUGCGACGACCAUUUACUCAAGUUUCUGUCCAAGCUUUUGACCAGAUGUCGUCGGUGGGCUGAAGCUCGGUGGCACGACGAGGAGACCUGGCCGGGCCGGAGCGCCAGCUCUGACACCACUGGUCACAAUCAUCCGAUCCCGGAGCUGGAUCAGAUGGUCUGGAUGCAGUCGAUGGAUUUGGGGGAUGAUCAGUGGUUUGAAAAUGUCCUGGGCAUGCCCAGCGCAUUCUACUAG